UAGAUCACCCUUCCUUCGUGGAGUAGAUCACCCUUCCUUCGUGGGAGUGUUAUCAUUCUUCCUUCGUGGGAGUGUUAUCAUCCUUCCUUCGUGGGAGUGUCAUCACCCUUCCUUCGUGGGAGUGCCAUCACCCUUCCUUCGUGGGAGUGCCAUCACCCUUCCUUCGUGGGAGUGUUAUCAUCCUUCCUUCGUGGGAGUGCCAUCACCCUUCCUUCGUGGGAGUGUUAUCAUCCUUCCUUCGUGGGAGUGCCAUCAUCCUUCCUUCGUGGGAGUGUCACCAUCCUUCCUUCGUGGGAGUGCCAAUUCACCCUUCCUUAGUGGAGUGCGAUCACCCUUCCUUCGUGGGAGUUGUCAUCAUCCUUCCUUUGUGGGAGUGUCAUCAUCCUUCCUUUGUGGGAGUGUCAUCAUCCUUCCUUCGUGGGAGUGUCAUCAUCCUUCCUUCGUGGGAGUGUUAUUAUCCUUCCUUCGUGGGAGUGCCAUCACCCUUCCUUCGUGGGAGUGUUAUCAUCCUUCCUUCAUGGGAGUGUUAUUAUCCUUCCUUCGUGGGAGUGCCAUCACCCUUCCUUCGUGGGAGUGCUAUCACCCUUCCUUCGUGGGAGUGUCACCAUCCUUCCUUCGUGGGAGUGCCAAUUCACCCUUCCUUCGUGAGAGUGUCAUCAUCCUUCCUUUGUGGGAGUGUCAUCACCCUUCCUUCGUGGGAGUGCCAAUUCACCCUUCCUUCGUGGGAGUGUCAUCAUCCUUCCUUCGUGGGAGUGUCAUCAUCCUUCCUUCGUGGGAAUGCCAAUUCACCCUUCCUUCGUGGGAGUGA